AUGUCAUUACCAUCAUGGUGUCCUCCCUACUCAUCACGCAAAACUGGAGUCAAUGGUGAAGAUGUUUACUGUAUAUGCAAGAAUCCCGACAAUGGAGACUUGAUGGUUGGUUGUGAUGGAUGUGAUGAUUGGUUCCAUUUCAAAUGUUUGAAAAUACCAGAGACAUAUAGGAAACUAGUUUACUCAUUCCAUUGUCCCUACUGUGAAGCCGGCAUAACAGGACCUGCCUCUCAAGGUGCUAACGAUUUACCCAAGACUAUUUGGAAGCGUAAAUGUAGGUUGGAUUACUGUUAUAACCCGUGUCAGUCCAACAGUAAGUACUGUUCUGGAGAGCAUGGUGAAGAAUAUAUGAGAACAAUGUUGGCUAAAGUGGAAAUUCCAGGAUUGCAACACGAUGCACAGUUGCAGCUGUUUAAAGAUAUGGCUAAUUAUCACAAGAAUGACAGUACCGCUGAACAAUUUCAACAAAUUGGUAAUGAAGAAUUCAUUCAUGAUGAACCCAAGGAUCAAGAUUCCCUAUAUGCGGAGAUUGUCAGGGAUGAUAAGAGGUUGAUGGAACUGCAAGAUAACGUUAAGGAACUGGGCGAGAAGACUAUUCCAGCAACGAAGGCUGGAUUAGAUACUUUGAGCAAGUAUUUAAAAUGGCUCGAGGAAAUUAAUGUCAAAUUAGCGUUACGAGGAGACUUAAAUCUAGGAGAAGAUGCUACUAAUGGUACAUCCACCAAUGCCCGUGGUAAAAAUAAGAAAAAGUUCAACAAGGCCAAGGCAAAGCAGAGAAACUGCAUAUGUGGGUACGAUCCAGAUUUUCAAAUACCAUGUGGUGUGGAUGAAUUUGUUAGUGAGUACAGUCCGGAUCUGCCGCAUGUGAAAGGCAUUUGUGUCAAGGUACGUUGUAGUAAACACUCCAGUUGGGCUACUAUGCAAUUGGAAGAGCAGGAGCAACAAUUGAGCUCCCUGGAGAGCUACCAAACAAGGUUAGAGCUUCUGAUAAGAAUGCGUAAGGAACAGUUACAUAUCCACUAUUAUGAACAACUGCUACGAAGGAAAGAUUAA